AGUAAAGUGGGCGACAUAAUUUUGACAGAUACAAAAAACGAAGAUACACGCCGAAGAAAAGUUUUAUCGCGAGUUUUUGCAUAAUUUACGCGUAUCUUGCGCUAAAAUUUACUCUAUAAUUUAUCUUAAACGUAUAGUGAACGUGUUGGUAUAGAAAUCUAAUCAGCAACUUCGCAGAGAUCUUUCCGGAGGAGUGGAUAAAAAUGCGUCGCAAAACCAAAGCAAAUGCCUCGAGUGAAAGUCCGGAAAAGGGGACAGCCACUCGACGUUCAACCCGACGUGGUCGAGUGUCUCCACCCGUGGAGGAAGUGCCAGUGGAGUACGAUAAGUCCGAAGGGGACACAAGUUCGGAAAAUGAUGAAGAGUACUCCCCGAAGAAGCGUCGUGCUGUAGGGAGACGCAAGGGACGCUCCAAGGCAUCCUCGGGCUCCGAUCGUGAAGCUAAAGCGUCUAAAACACGCACACGGAGACGAGCUGCAGCGAAAAAGAUUGAGGAGCAUGUGGAAGAGGAGGAGGAGGAAGAAGAGCGGGAAGAACAGCGCGAGGAACAGGAAGCUGAGGUGCAGGAACCCAUAGUGGAGGAAAGCACAGAAGCAGCAGAGAGUAUUCUACCGGAUGAAGGGAAUGAUGAUGCGGAUCAGGAAAAUGGGGGCGAAAAGGUAAGCAUUGAACUUGUUCCAGCGGAACCUGAGCCGCAUGUAAGAGAGGAUAGUGAAAGUGGUUUUCCACAACGAACCUCCAGUCCCGAACACUGUGAAUACGAUGAAGAUGUCCAUAUGAAGACUCUAAGUCCCGAAGAACCGAAGAAUGUCCGGGAAGAGGGUGAAGCCCAGAGUCCCCGCAUAGAGCAGCGGGAGGAAGAUGAUGCAGAGGAGCAGCGUCCAGUGACGCCACCGGAGGAGCAGCAACAGAAGGAGAGUGAGGAUGAGGAUGAGAAGAGAGAUGAUGCCUCAAAGAGGUCAAGUUCCCCAGAGGAGGGUGAACUACCUGAUCAGAGUAGUAAAGCCGGAGAUUCAGCGGAUGAACAGUCAAAGGAAUCACUUGAGCACAAUCAUUCCAAAUCGGGGCAAAAUACCGACGAUGAGGAACCUGCUGUUGUGAAGAAAUCCCCUGUUAAGGAAGUCAAGAGCAGACCAUUCAUUGGGAAGCUCACACGGAAUGAUGGGAAGGCACAUGUGGACGAGCAGGCGAAAAAGAAGCGUCGCUGGUUGUCGAGAAAACCCUCAGCUCAGAGUAUUCUUGCCAUUUCUACGGAUUCGCUUAAACCAUUGAUUGCAGAUGUGAAGCCAGUCCCACUUGUGGAUGUUAAACUUGAUCUAACAUCGGAUACGGAAGGGGUCAUUGAUGAUGAUGAUGAGAAUGGGAGUGAGGAAGAGACAGCAAUGGCGUCUCCAAAGGAAAAACGAGAUAUCCCGAUUUUGGUGGAAAAGAGCGUAGAUGAAUCAGUGAGAGUUACGACUGACGCCCAUCCAAUAGGGAUAAAUCGCAAAAUUCUCCUCGUGAAUGAUGACGUGGGGAAAACAGUGAAGCCACCAAGUCCACCCAGGAAUACCUCAUCCUGUAUUCUGUACAUCACAAACCUUGUGAGACCCUUCACAGUACUCCAACUCAAGGGACUACUCGCUAGAACUGGGAGAAUUGUAGAGAAUGGCUUCUGGAUUGAUAAGAUUAAGUCCAAAUGCUACGUGCAGUACGAAACGGAAGAUCAAGCGGUAGAGACUCGUCAUGCACUUCAUGGUGUUCGGUGGCCAACAUCGAAUCCUAAAUGCUUACAUGUUGAUUUUGGUUCGGAUGUUGAUAUGAUGAAAGCAAUUGAGUCUACAGCUGAAGAUCUCACCAAACACAUUGAUACUGGACGUGGUGAGAGGAUCGUCGUGGGAUGGGAAAGAGAUCGCGUUGAUGGAGGAGCUCGGGAGCAGACAACGAGACCCAUUCGUGAAUGGGAUGUGGGAAAGAAGGAUGAUCGUGAAAAGGAAAAGGAGCGUGAUCAACGUGGACGUCGUGAGCGGAGCAAGGAACGUGAUCGUGAGGAUGUAAAGAGGAACAUCGAGGGAGGCUUUGGACGCGAAAGAAGACGAUCACCAUCACCAUCGCCAGCUCGAAAGUUCAAAAAGGAGAAUGAACCUCCAAUUCGUCUAUUGGAUGAUCUUUUCCGCAAGACUAAAGCAACACCAAGUAUUUAUUGGUUACCUUUGACACCAGAACAGAUUGCAGUAAAAGAGGAGACACGAAGGAAGAAUAUGCAAGAGCAUCAGAGGCGUUUGGAGGAAUUACGAAAAGAGCGUAAUCGUGAGCGUGAUCGCGAUAGGGAUCGCGAUAGAGAUCGUCCGGAUCGCGAUCGAUCACGUCGUGAUCGAUCAAGAAGUCGCGAUCGUCGGUAUCGCUGAAGAUUGGCAAAAAAAAACUCCCACACGUCGAAAAAAAAAACAUUUCAAAGAGGGAAGUGACACUGAUGUUUGAGGUGGACAGAGAGUAACGAAAGAGAAAAUGGAAAAAUUGGUUUUACCUCUUUUUUCAUUUUCUCUUUCACAUUUAUCUCAUUUUCAUUAUUUUUUUUUAUCUCAAUCAAUUUUUCCCUUCGUCGCUGCCUUUUUUCAUUUUUUUUUCUUUUCUAAAGAUUACACAUAGUCCCCCCCAUUCAAUAGUUGUGAAGUGCAUAGAUUUGAAAGAAAAAAAUACUUUUAGUAGUUCUCCAGGAGCAUCGUCAGGGUCUCAUACAAAGCAAAACAAAAAGAGAAAUUCAGGAAUGCACAAAAAUUUGUAAAAUGUACGUACGGGGAUUCUCUGUACACCAGCAAUCCCCAGUAUUUGAGGAUUUUCCUGUAUUUUUCCAGAUUCCACGUGAAUUUACUUCUUCUCCCAUGAGAUUGACAAGAUUUUUUGCAGCAACCGUGUGUCCAUAUUGAUAGAGUUGAAUUAAUUCUUUUCACAUCUUUUGUAUAUAAUAUUGUUUGAGUGGAAAAUACUUGUGGGUGGGGGGAUACAAACUGAACUCAUAAAAUAUCUCUCCCAAAGGGCUCUUUUUUCAUCGCAACAGAUGAGUAUCGGGAAAACACGUGAAGGAGUCAUCCUGCGCUGGAGUAAAUCAAUAGUUUCACAAAUAAAAAGAAAAAUAAACGAGAGCAUAAAUUACUUUUGUCAAAGCUCUCGUGGUAAAGAAAAUUGAAAAAUAAAAAGAUUUAGAAUUCA